GUGUGUGUAUGAUUUUCCAACUUCUACAGUUUACAACUUUUAAAUAUUAUAGUUGUUUAAGAGAAAUUAGUAACAUUUUAGUAAUUUGAAAUUAAAUUUAUUUUAUUUAGACCGAAAGAUAAAAUACUUUAGAACUUUGCGGAUGUAAACGUGAAAGUUACGUUCUAUAGUUGUCUAAAAGACGAGAUGAUAGUCGGUUGACUGUUUUUUGUGUACGCGUAUUGAUUAUCGCGGAAUCCGAAAGAAAUUAAUUUACGGAGACUUUUUGUUGAAACAAUAGUGGAAUUUGUGUUUGUGUUAUCAGCUACAACACCCCUUUACGCUUUCCAGGAAUUGGAUUGUUGAAAAGAUCAGUAGGCUCUACGAAAAUAAAUCAACACAAUGGCUUUCGCGGGUCUUAAGAAGCAAAUUAACAAAGCAAAUCAAUAUGUCACAGAGAAAAUGGGAGGUGCCGAAGGCACGAAAUUGGAUUUGGACUUCGUGGAAAUGGAAAGAAAAACAGACGUAACAUGCGAGCUCGUAGAAGAACUACAAAUCAAAACGAAAGAGUUCCUCCAGCCGAAUCCGACAGCGCGAGCAAAGAUGGCCGCCGUGAAGGGAAUCAGUAAACUCAGCGGGCAGGCGAAGAGCAACACCUACCCGCAGCCCGAGGGCGUGCUGGGCGAUUGUAUGCUGCACUACGGGAAGAAACUUGGAGAGGACACUGUGUUCUCCCAAUGUCUCAUCGAAAUGGGCGAGGCCAUGAAACAGAUGGCGGACGUGAAAUACUCGCUCGACGACAACAUCAAACAGAGCUUCCUCGAACCACUGCACCACCUGCAAACCAAAGACCUUAAAGAAGUUAUGCACCACCGAAAGAAACUACAGGGCCGUAGAUUGGACUUCGAUUGCAAACGACGUCGCCAGGCAAAAGGCCAUGGCAAGGUGAGCCCUUACAUGAGCCCCAGCCACGGCAAUACUCCAAGACAGGGUUCUCACAUUCCAGAUGAUGAGAUACGGCAGGCUGAAGACAAGUUCGCUGAGUCUUUGACGCUGGCGCAGAUUGGCAUGUUCAACCUUCUUGACAAUGACGUGGAGCAAGUCGCGCAGCUCACAUUCUUCGCGGAAGGGCUAUUGGAGUACCACCAGCAAUGUACGGAGAUCCUGCAAGGCCUCGUAUCGACGCUUAUGGAGAAGAAAGAGGAGGCGGUGAACCGUCCCAAGAUGGAGUUCGUGCCGAAGACCCUCGCCGACCUCCACAUCGAGGGUAUCCACGACCUGAACAAUGGUAGGCGGUACGGUUCCACCCAAAGCCUGUCCCGACCCCGCCAGCACAUCCCCCCCUCGUCCUCCGUGGGUGACCUGAGCACCGGCGACCCCUUCAAGGCCUGGGAGAUGCCCACCCCGCCCAAACCCCGACCCAACCCCAACCCCACGGCCUAUCAGUUCAAACCCCACCCGGCGCCAAGAAAUCAGUUUAACGGCAGAGACCCCUGGAAAGCGUCGCCGCUGCCGUCGCCGGUGAAGUCGCCCGCGCGGACACCCGUGGCGCCCGCCAAGGGCCCGUGCUGCACCGCGCUUUACGACUUCGAGCCGGAAAACCAGGGCGAGCUGGGCUUCAAGGAAAACGACGUGAUCACACUGAUCAACAAAGUAGACGACAACUGGUUCGAAGGCUCCGUGAACGGCAAAACCGGCUACUUCCCCAUCAGCUACGUUCAGGUCACUGUGCCGCUACCCAACAUGUAAACCCAGUCCCUUUACUAUACUUACUGAGCGCUUACUCGAAAACUCAGAACUAUGACAGAAAUGAGAACAAAAGACAAUCGCCUCGGCCACGAAAUGCAUAUCACUACCGCGAACACUUUAAAAUUAAGAUUGCGGUCAUCUGCCUCUGUUACUCUAACUAGGUACACCUUUGGAGUAAAAGCGAAAGAUGCUUCCAGAUUGAGAAUUUCGGUGUUCGGAGUAGACCGGCUAACGCUACAUAAGUCAAGACAAAGGUAUUGCGGUCAACUUCGUCGAUGAGUGUCCGUGGCCCACGAAUUUUUAAUGAACGCUUGAAGUGGAGCAACGUGUAGAAUAACUUCACGGACCCACAACCCAUUAAAUAUUGGAAAGUUUGCCAUUCUGUGGCUUAAUUUGGGGUUAAAUAUGUAAAACGUCUACCUAUUCAUACUAACAACAAAAAAAUCGUAGUGUGUGUCUGUGUACGUACAGCUCACCCAUACUGCGUUAAUGCUUGACGAUCUCCUGCAGUCCGGCAGUUUUCCUGCGUUUAUUUUCCUUUGUGUACACGUAGAUAAGGCAUUUCUAGUGAUUUUUCUGAGAUUUCGACUAUGUGGGCUCGGUAAGAGUUAGUAUAACACCUCCUUGCAACGCCGGCAGAUAUCGUGUCGGGGAUAUUUUGUCAAUCGCCUAGUCUAAUGUUUGUAUGUUGUUAAAUGAUUUGACGCCAAUAAUUUAAACAAACACGUAUAUGAUAAGACAAGCAAACUAGAACUGCGGUUGGUUAAAAAUCUAGCAGCCAUAGGGCAGCUCAAUCGUUUUAAAUAAACGAAUAUUUUCCAUAUUUGUUUACAUUGUUGGCUACUUCUAUCACCAUUGAGACCACGACGGGUCCUCUCGGUCCCCCUGGGCAGUAUGAUUGUAUGAAAUUAUUGUAUAAACAACUAAAGCUGACGUUCAUGUUUAAAUGUGUUGUAAUCGUGUGAAAGGGAUCCUCAGAUAUGUAAAGUCAGAUCAAAUGUUAACAACCAGUAGAAAAACACAAAGACGACGUUCUCAACAACGUACCAAAUAAAAUAGAGGCCUCUUGGCCAAUUGAAAUCGCUGUAAUAUGAGUAAAAUCAUAUGUUCAAUAAUUUGCACGAUAUAGGUAGGUACAGGUAUAUAUGUCCAUAAUGCCUCACUUGAAAGUGAGGCGCAGUCUGCAUUCGUAGCGAUUUGGCGAGAUUUCUAAGCAAUAAAAUAACAACAAAUGACAAAACAAGCAAAAUGUCUUCGACAGCAUUGUGCACAGGUGUUGCGUUUCAAAUCGUUAUAAAAAUUGUUAUAUUCGCCACGCAGUAUUAAAUAGAUGCCUUCAUGAUUUCUUCUGAACUAUGUCAAAAGCUCAAUGUUAUAGUAACGAAGUGUCCUCCCAAAUAAUUGAAAUAAUACACACCUAUACCUUUUUAUCCAUGGACCGGUUACCUUGAUUUUUUAUGAACGUCUAUUUUUGGUCACGUCUUCCAAGGUUUUUUUUGCCUUCCUGAUUUAGCAGUGUAGUUAUUUAAUUGGACAUUCCACAAUGUGUUUGCCUGUAUGAAAAUGACAUGUAUUGUUUUUUAUGGAACGAGAGAUUAACCUUUCUGAUUUUAAUGAAUGAAAUUAUGAAAAUAAACUGUAGGUACAAAGUUACAAACUAGGCUCCGUUUUAAAACAGCUACAUUUAAAUGAUGUUUAAGCUGAAUGUUUAUGUUAAAUGUUAAUUAUGUAGUUGCCAUUUUAAUAAUUAUUUUUUACAUUUUAAUGUAUUGAAUGUGUCAGUUAAGUAUGUUUUAAGUACGACUGCAUUAUGUUAAUAUUGUAUGGCCGUGUUUUGGCAAUAUACCAACAAAAUGGUAAAUAAAUAGCAUUAGAUCGUGUAUAAAGACAGGUACCUUCCAUCGUAUAGCUAGGAAGUGUGUUACAAUAAUUAGAAUUAAGCCUAGGAUGGUCGGAAGGAGUUUUGAAUAUGGAAAUCCCACCCCUGAAGCUAGGAGCCUGUAGAGAUUGGUUAUUGAGCACGAGACUUGAGAAUCCUAGGCUUACGAUAAUUGUCUAGCGAGUAAUGAAGCACCAAAAGCCACGCGGUGCGCAGGGUUAGGGCACGUCUAUAUUAGGCUAAUAACUUUGCGAAUCAUUAUAGGCUUUAAAUGCUUCACACACGCUACAUAACGCAGUGUCUAAUGACAAGGAAGCAAACUAGCAUAAUUGAUAGUCUGUCAGUCAGUCAAAUUUAUACUGAUCCCUUUCUUUUGGAUGCUGUUGCUAGCGACAAAACAGUAUGAAACAAUCUCGGGCAAACUAUGAGUCUAAUGUAACGUGCCUUACCUCUGCAGUUAGGUGGGGACGAGCAGCGGCUCGAUGCCUUCGGCAGCAUCAAUUUUGAGAAGUGAUAUUUUCAAGUAAUGUUUGUAAAUUAGUUAUUGUGAAUCUAUUUUUGUAGAUGCGCUCUCACAUUUGUAUAGUAUUUCCUCUCAACGUAUGGUUAGCUGGAUGCGUUAUCACAUUAUUUCAGGCAGUGAAAGCACAGGACAUUAUAGGAUUAUGGUGUAAUACUAGUUAACAUUACGAGAUUAGAUUUUAUAGUUAUAUCUUUGCGGAUAAUUAUUUAUCUAAAUGGAGAAUGUAUACAAUGUAUGUAAUACUUAAGUAUACUUAAUUAUGAGAAUGAAGAUGUAAGUUGUUGCAAUCUUGCCAGGAGUUUGUGGCGUUUCGAUGUUUGAUGUUUUAUGGCGAAGUAUAAUAUAAACAUAUUAUAAUGUCAUUGUGAUAACGUUAGAUAUCGUGCUGUUGGUGCAGUGUCCUAAACCGUAUAAUUAUUACUCAAUCAAUUUACGUACCUAUUAUUACGAUUCGCUCAUACUUUUAUAUUUUUUUGCAUAAUAUUUUUUCUUUUUUAAUUGUAAACUAGAUUAUUCAUGAUUUAUACCAAAACAUAUUGAAUUAGGAAUUUUACUUCAUGGCCUCUAUUAAAAUAGUAUUGUUAAAUGUACUUGUAAUAAUAGCACUUAUUGAAUAAGAUCUUAAAUCGUCAUAUUUCACUUUGUCCAAAUAUUGAUGUUGCAGUAAUAUUGAACAUAAUUAUCUCAUUCUAUUCAUUUUCAUAGUGAUCAUUAUAAAGUAAAAUGGACCCCAUUGAAUCAUAUUUCUGGCAUACAAAAGACAAUACCUAGAUCUAAUGUUAGUUACACGUAAGUUCAUGAUAAUUGUUCUAUCUUCAAGUCUCCUAAUGUAAGUAUUUUGAAAGAAUAAUACAUUCAUUAAUGAUAUGAGGAUGUCGUGUUUUAAUGUUCGGUGUGUGGGACAAGGCACUCACUGGGCUGUAAGGGCGAGUUUACACUGACCCAACGCGCCUUGACAUCAGAUGUUCCAGUUUUAAUCGAUGUAUGUACUCAAUCUCUAAACAAAGUCCUUUUUAAAAUGAGUUUAAGAUGUUGUUAUGCGUAAAGUACGUAUUAUUGACCAGAUAAUUACCUAGAUGACUUUCGCUAUAUUUAUCGUUGACUUAAAUCAUAUCCAUGAAAUGUUUGUUCAGUGUUGCUUUAUGUCCUCUAGUAUCCUACUUGGUACCCUGUAUUGUAUUGUAAUGGAACUAAUGGACUAUCCAGCUGACACAAGUGCUGGGAAAGCUAGUGUUACCAACAGACAGUUGUAGUUGAAACACUUGCAGCGCCAUGGUACCUACUACCUACAUAUAUUAUUAUUCUUGUUCAUGUUACUGUAAUCUUAAAUAUGUACUGUAAUUUGUUAGAAUAAACUUGACGAUUUACGACAUGUAAUACAAAUUUAAUAUUGAUUUGUAUUAAAAAUUAUCCAAAAACUUAUUGCUCGUUUUCGCCUCCUAAUAAAAUGUUAACAAUUA